UCUAUUUUGUUUUGAUUUAUUUUGUUCCGUCAAGAAUACACUUCCGAGAUAUAGCUCACCGCUAUUGUUUGUCUAUUACUUGGACACCGACUCUCUAAGUCAAAUAAGAAUCUACUAAAAUGAGGGUGAAUAGAACUGACAUUAUUGGAGUUAUGACUAUGUUUCUGAUUUGCCUGUCCGCCUAGUCCUUGUAUUUAUUGUUGUUUUGCGUAACUGAACUCUCGUUACCUUCUCCGAGAUUUUCUGCAAGUCCUAUAGAGGUAAUAUCAUUCUCUUAAGUCUUAACAUAUGAAGAGACAUGGAAAAGUUUUAGAUUAAGAGAUUGAUUUGUUUGAAAAUGGCAAAGGUUGGAAAUGGCCUCCCUUCUGAAUCGCGCAUGCAUCUUGGGAACCGCUCCGUUUCCGAUUCAGUGGCAAAAUUUGUUUGAUGGGUCACAAAUUAUAUAUAAAUAUAUAAUAGAAUCAGAGAGCCCCUGCUGCUGUGUUUUGCCUUCUGCCAAUGCCCUCUGUUAAUUGCUCAAAAGUUUCACAUGGCAUCAAAGUACAAGAAUUGGGGAAGCUUAUCCCUUAUGAGUUGACUGUGAAUCCUGGACAGGAUGUGGCGAAGGAGAUAUUGGAGGCAUGGGGAGCAAGCAAUCGGUUUGGUUGCAUACUUUCUGCUUCUGGUAGUAUAGCAAGAGCCGUAUUUGGCAGACCAAACUCAAAUGAAAUUCGUAUAUAUGAGGGGAGCUUUGAGAUUCUGUCAAUGUCUGGACUUUAUAUGCUGCGAGACGAUGGUUCUGAAGCUUCGAGUUUGAGCAUCACACUGGCUGCUUCUAAUGGAACUGCUUUUGCUGGUACCCUCAUCAACACCUUGAUGGCCAAUGACACUGUUCAAGUAAGAAUUUUUAGAGUAUCUCUUAACUUAUUUUUCACCUGUUCUCAGCGUUUGUAGUUUUUUUUUUAAAUAUUCUUAAUAUUAUUUUUAAUAUUUUUUAUUUGUGUCAAAAUUAUCUUGGACAUUAACUACAUCUAAAAUGUUAAGGAUAAAAUUUAAAAUAUCU